UAUGUGCACGCAUAAGUCUAUCCCCUUUUCUUCAUUUGCCAGAUGCGAUGUAGCUCGGCGUUGUUUCAUAAAGAAUAGAUUUCAGGAUGUAUCUCCCUAUGAUUUCAAUAGAGUCAACUUAAAACCGGAAGACAAUACGGCUGAUACUAAUUAUCAAGCAUCUUCUAUUUGCGAUACCUACAUAAACGCAAGUUUUAUUGAAGGUUAUUCAACAUCAAAGCAAUACAUAGCAUGCCAAGGCCCCAUGUCAGAUACUUUUAAUGAUUUUUGGCGUAUGAUUUGGCAAUAUGAAAUAAGUGGUAUUAUCAUGUUAAAUGACCUUAAGGAUGAGGGAGAGGGCGCCGGUGACUAUAUGUACUAUCCUUCAAAAGAAAAUGAAAGUCAAGCGUAUGGUUCUUAUUUUGUACAUUUAAUAAAAGUCAUCUAUUAUCCCGAAAGUAUUGUUCGACUAUUUAAAUUAUCUCGAGAAGAUCAGACAAGGAACGUAAGACAUUUUCAAUUCACAAAAUGGGCGGAUCAUUCAGUUCCCUCAAACGGUAGGGCUCUCUUGGAAUUUAGGGAAAGGGUCAAUAAGAUGGUAGUAAAUUUUAAAAGAGCACCCUUGGUCGUCCAUUGCCGAGCGGGAGUUGGGAGGACCGGUACUUAUAUAUGCUUAGAAAUAUGUCUACAACAAUUGGCCCAAACUAAGCAAUUAGAUAUUCUUAAGGUCGUCUCUUCGUUGCGUAGGCAGAGAGUAUCUAUGGUUCAGACACCUUUACAAUAUCGAUUCCUAUAUCUCACUAUUCUUGAAGAACUAAUGGCGCCAAAAAACACUUAUGACGUAAAAGAAUUUUCAUUCUAUACUAAUCAAUGCUUUCGAAAGACAAGCAAUGGUUGGAUUCCCUACAAAGAAAUAGUACGACAAUAUCAAGUAUUACACAUUUGUUGUGCUAACUAUCCACCCACAGCCUAUAUUAAGCCUUCAAAAACUAAAAUGACUAAGAAUCCAGCUACACCUAUACUUGAAAAAAGAAUGGUAAUUGUUACAAAAUCUCUUUCAAUGAGUGGGGCGCCAAUUUCAACUUCAGCUGUUUACGUAGAUGGCCACGAUAGUCCAGAACGUUUUAUAGUAACAGAGGCUCCAAAUGUUUCAGACCCCCAAUCGUGUAACCUCUUUUGGAAAAUCAUCUUUUAUCAAGAAUGCACUCAUAUUAUUAUGCUAAACAGUCUUAGAGAAAUGGACAGCAUUAAACCGUAUUGGCCAACUGAUAAUUCUUCAAAAGUCUUCGAUGAACUUCGAGUAACUCUAAUUAAAGAAUCGACUGUUGAGAAAACUAUCGUUGUUCGAGACUUCGAAAUAGAUUAUGCGACUUGUAGAAAGGUCACCCAACUGGCUUGUUCCGUUCCAAGCGAAGUUAACGAAGUAAACUUACGACAAGUUAGGAAUAAAAUUGUUUUGAUCUACAUAGCCCUUCUAUCACAUGUUCAAAAAACAAAUUUGGCAACCACUAUAGCAGUCCACUGUCUAGACGGAGUUGUUCGCUCAGGACUUUUUAUAGCAUUUACAAACAUAGCCAACAAAAUACUGGAGGAAGAUAUCGUCGACGUAUAUUAUCACGUGAAGCUUAUUAGAGAUAGUAGACCAGAAUUUAUAUCAAGUCUGGUUGAAUACAGUCUUCUUUACCAAAUGGCAGAAAUAAUAAUAAAAGCAAAAGGCCAAAUAUCUUUAGAAAGUAUUGGUAACUUACUAUCGAAAUACGAUGAACAAUUAAUCGAAAGUAAUAAAGGGGAGAAAGUACAAACUCCUAUACCAGUAAAACAACAUCAACAGCACAUGAAAACAAACUCCAUUACAUGA